ACCGCGGAUCACGUCACGAGUCAAGAUAAGUUGGGCAAAAACAGACAAUUGGGGUUCAAAUGUAUCGUUAUUAUUAAUGUCUUUACUUGUAGCUGUCUUUACAGACUCAAAAACUCGCCUUUGGUGCCUGCCGAGCGGUCAUUUCGUAUUGUUUUCAUGGCAACGACAAGCACAGCGCUAUUGAAUUACCAAAAAAAAUGAGAGCUCAGUUUGUUUGGUUUUCUCUCUGGAACAAUUACAUGACGUUUUCACCACAUUUAUCCGGACUUUCAGAAGAUAUUGAGUCUUUCUGGUCUAGGGGAAGUUUUGCUGGGUCUGCUUUUGGACACGAAAACUGAAGGCGGAGGUGACUGUGCAACAGAGGAAAAAAACAGUGAUCAUGACUACUCAAGUGCGACCUGCCAUUAAAGUUCCAAUUCUGUGUGAAGACGGAGACAAGUUCCUAGAGACCGGGGAUCUGGUGCGGGCCACCUCCCUCUACAUGUCUGCCUUCAGUACUCAUGCUGCUACCACCAUGUCCCACAUGCGCAAAAUGGAGACAUCCAAACUCCAGGGGGUCGUAUCAACCCUUGAGGGUUGGCUUGAUAAUCGCCAGGAGAAACAGCCUGGAGAGGGUCUCAGUAAAGGUCUGGUAGCUGUCUUUUUGUCCACGCUCUGCCCUAAUAAUCUGUCGGCCACCAUUUAUAAAAUGGAGUCUCUCCUUCAGAGUAGCGGGCAAGGCUGUGAGGAGAUUUUUUCUCGCUGCACUGCCCUGCUAGAGGGAAAACAAACGCCUAAUCCAGAGGGUGUUUAUUGUGUGGCGUUGGAAAUAACUCGUGCCUUGGCCUGCUUGUUGUCAGAGCGUGACCGUGCUAAGGGCCUGAAGCUCUACGUCAGCUCUUACAAGAGCAACAAAUGUGAAACUGUCAAACUGGUGAAGAGUAGACAAGCUUCUCAUAUAGCCACAAUAGUCAAGGCUUUUACAAAGCAAAUGCAUCUCUGGCAUCCUUCCUUGAUGUUGGACAGCGAUAGUGAAGUGAGUUCAAAGGAGAGUGAACAUGUGAAAAUCGAAGCCGCUGCUCCACUGAUUGACUUCUUAUUGGAGCUCUCACCGGGUGACAGCAAAGUGCAGGAACUCCAGGCAGCACAUUUGUUUUUCUCGGGCCAGUUUGGCGACAGUGCAGAUGUGUACUCUGCUAUCUUGCAGAAUGACGCUGGGAAGACUGUGCAAGACACAGGCGAGAAGCGAGCCAGGCUCUUAACCAGCCGAGCAGCAGCUUUCUUCUCAGGCGGCGUCCGCGUUGAAGAGGCCUGUGUGGAUCUGGGCGAGGCCUUCGACGUCCACCCUGCGUGUGCUCGGAUUUACUUCCAAAAGCUCUUCACUGAUCUCGGUACAGGAGGGGCUGCGCGUGGCCAUCUUCGUCAGCAGGCUGAGAAGGGUCUAUCUGGUUUUCGAGAGAUGGUCGUCACCCGAGCAGACCUGAGGGCCACAGAGGGAGUGGAACUUCUUGAUCCGGUGAUCGCUCAGUUACGGACCCUUUGCCAUUUGGAGCCUGACGGAGGAGGACGAGCGCUGCGGGUGCGACUGGCCGAAUGUCUUCUACUAAGGGGAGAGCACAAAGAAGCUCUCUCUAUAUGUAGCCAGCUGGCUGCUGCCAAAGACCAGCACAGCUAUCAGAACACUGUAGAAGUUCUCUGUGGAUAUACACGACUUCUCACAGACGACCACAAGGGGGCUCUGGAGGACUUUCAGGCAGUGAUCGAACACAACGCCCCCCACCCACCCAGCUGUGUGCGGGCGCUCUGUGGCAGGGGUCUUCUACGCAUGAUGGCCGGCUUCCACUACCUCACAGCACUCGACUAUGUGACCGCGACCAGGUUGCACCCUCAGGAGACGGCGCUCACCGUUCGCUGUCUUGUGCCGUGGAACCUCCGGGGGUUGCUUUUCACUGUUUUAAUGGAGCAGGGCCGAGUCAUGCUGGAGCGGGCUGGAGAGCAUCAUACGGCCUCAUGUGGAAACUCCCAGCAGCCCCUGCAAGGGGGUCAGCGGCAGGCCACAUCAAAGCAAGACAACCACAGAGCAGGGACUCCUGCUGGUGUUCACUCCUUGGCUGUGCUUCUCGUGGACCUCCAGCCCGGCACUGAUGGUCCUCAGAUCCUAGCAGCAGACGCCUUACACCAGCUUGGUCGAGUAGAGGAAGCCUACCGCAUGCUACUGCUUUGCAUGGGACCCACCAGUACCCGUGCACCCAUCUUGGCCCGACUUGCCCUGCUACAACUGCACAGAGGGUUUCUGUAUGACACCAAUCAGCUGUUAAAGAAACUUGUUCAGUGUGGCGACACCAAUUGUUUGCGCCCACUGUUGGCAGUGGCUAAGAAGAAGGACCGGGCGCUGCUGCAGGCACACUGCCACUCCGCUGCCAAACGCAUCCUGGGGGGCGCGAGAGACGAGAGCACCAUCAGGGAGGCAGUGGCCUAUCUCUCCAUCGCCAUCAUCAUAUCUGGGGGCGGGGCAGCAGAGUCCUUGCUGGAGAGAGGCAGGUGUUAUGCUUUACUUGGUCAAAGAAAGACAGCCAUCUUUGAUUUCAGUACCAUUAUUAAGGAGCAGCCCAAGCAUGUUCAAGCACUAUGUGGAAGAGGUUUCACCUACCUCCUGCUCAACCAGCAAAAGGAAUGCACUCAUGACAUCCUGGCUGCUCUGCAGAUAAAUACUGAUGAGGUCACCAAAGACCUCCUGUCCCUCAAGGAAAGGGCACGCAAACUAGUCUGUGAUUGGCUGCAUCGGUUCUGCAGGAGCAGCCUGUCAGACGUCCUGGUCACCAAUGCUGUCCCUUGCCACGAGGAGCGACUUAGAGAGGCUUCUAUAAUCUGUGCUGCUCUGAUAAGGACAGACUGCAGAGCUCCCAGAUGGCAUCUCCUCCAUGUUGACAUACUUUUAGCCAAAGGUGAAGUAGAGGCGGCAGGUGCCCACCUGAGCCAGGUGUUUGGCCAAGAGCCAAGAGAUUCAGCAGCCCAGGCCAGGGUAGGCGUGGUGGAGGCCUGGCAGCACAAAUCUUGCAGCGCAGCAUGCAGACUCAGUAAACUCGCUGAGAUAGAGCCGUCAUGUUUGGAUCUCUUGUUGGCUUUGAUCCCACUUAAUCAAAGGAAACGUGUGGCACAGGCGGCAGCACAGGAUGCCAGCAGCAUGUCUUCAGAUGGAAGUUGGGAUCAGGCCCUCCCUCUUCUGACGGUGGCAGUACAAACAGCAGACAAACACAGACUUCAGUAUCUCCGCCAGCGGGCUACCUGCCUCGCUCAGCUCGGCUUACACGAGCGUGCUGUAGCCGACCUCGACCAAGUCAUUCAGAAACACGGUGGGUCCGACGCCAGCUCUUCUGAGGACCCCCAAAUCUUGGCGGAAGGUCUUUGUCAGCGCGGUCACAGCCUAGUGUUGUGUUCCAGAGAAGGACUAGCUCUGGAGGAUUUUAGCCGGGCUCUUGAGCUCCACAGAGAGCGAGCCAUGCAAUGUGUUGAGGAAGGUCUGGGUAGGCUGCGGUUGGCAGAGUGCUUUUUGCGAGGGGCACUGCAGCACUAUGGAGAGCAGCAGCUCAGCAAAGCUUGGACAUUAAUUGAGUGUGGCCUUGUUGUGGAUGGAGACAAUGCAGAACUGCGCAAAGUACGGGCAAAGGUCAAGCGAGAAGUGGCCAGUCCUUGUAAUGUCAACUAGUGAGUCCACAAACCAAAUGAUGAUCCAAUCCACUCACUAAUAGAAUAACCUUCCACCACAUAUUAAAUUAAUGUAUUUAGACCUGAUAAAUUUAACAGUCUUUGGUCUGGGAUUCAAUCAUAAGAUUGUAAAUAAUAAUUAAAUAUUAUUAUUUACUUGCAAAUUUACAACAAAUAGUUCCAGUCAAACAUUUACACACAAAUUCUCAUUCAGUAAAAUGAGAAUGUGUUCUCAAACUUUUGACUGGUGUUUUACUUAAAAGAUAAAUAUCAUCAUCAAGGAAUAUCAGGCCUGUUGACAGACAUCGAUGAUCAGAGCCUUCCAGUUUCCUCUGUCAUUCGCCCUAUGUAUAAGUUCUAUAUUACUGAUAUUUCCGAUAACAUUUCUUAGGCUGUUGACAAAUGUUGUUCGCUGUUCCCUCUAGUUUUCCUGUUAUUAAGUAAUGUAAAAAUAAUGUACAGCAUUUACCUUGGAGACUGGACUUCUAUGGUAUCUCCUUCCAGCUGCUUCUCCAUCAAUUACACCAUCAGCAGCUUUUCUACAUUUUCAUGGAUACAUGUCUGCCGUUUAUAUGUUAUUUCAACAUUCUUGGGUGGCAUUAUCGAUUUAGUCUGCUUUCAUAUUGUGCAGAUUAGCAGUGCUGUGCUCGAACUGCUUCACCAAGUUGACUAGUACUACUAAUGGUAGCGAGUAAGACCAGAUGUUUUGGUCGGAUAUUAUAGGGUUUACUGUAAGAUUCCACGACAACUAAUGGCGGGGAUGCUUGCGACUCAAUUUUUUUGCUUCAACUUGAAGCAUAACAAUCAGCCCAAAGACAGCUCUUAUUUCAAAACACUCCAAAGUUGGAGCACUCUUCACCUGAGGUAUUACUGUAUAAGCAAACUAAAACAUAAAGAAAUUUAAAAAAUGGUUCAAAAGACAAUUUUAGAUGAAAUCAUAAAAAAAUACACACGUCAUGUUGGAACUGGACUUUGUUCUAGCAACAUGAAAAGAACUGUGCCUGCGCACAUACAAAACAUCAUACAGUAUUUUGACACAAUUAUACAAUUAGUUAUUUCAGAUCUUGAUACUUCAGAUUGUUUCAUACACGUUGUCCAUCCAUCCAUUUGCUACCGCUUACACACUUUAAUAACAUGAAAUACAUUUUCUGAAAUGAUUACUAACCUAAUCUAUUUUUCCAGUUAGAAUUAGUAUUUCAUUCAAUACAAUUUAAAAUACUUCACAGUAUUGUAUAAUAAUUGGAGAAAACAUGAAAUACAAUGUUUGUGAUAAAUAUUAACCCUAAGCUAUUUUUUUUGGUGAAGAUUAUUAUUUAUUAGUAUUUAUCAAAUGUUUCUACAACAAUUUGAAGUAUCGUAAUCUAAAAUAGCUAUACAGCUGAAUAUUUGUUGCCAGUCUCAAUGUAUUCAAUGUUUUAUUAUCAUAUUUAUAAUCACAAAUGCAUACAUUAUAAGCCAUCUUGUCAAUAUGUGACAUUUUUUUCUCAAUUUGAAGGCCAAAUUGGUUAAUUCACACAUUAUUUUUUUUAAAGUCAAACAAACAUAUCUAGAUAAGAAAGUGUCUAUUGUGCAGGAUUUACACUUUAAAACUAGAGCGGCAAAUACACAUUACCUGGCAUUUAUACAAUCCAAUUCUUUAUAUUGAUAUGAGAGUACAUCUAAAUGUAUUUUUUUUAUCACACAGAAAGCAAGAGGUGAUUGUUUUAAUGCAAGCUAGACAUAAUUCAAAAUAUAUGUUGUAGAUGAGAUUCUGUGUCCUCUAUGCAGACACAGUUAUGUAUUGGGGCUCCAUGUUGCCAAAGUAGGACUUCUCCCAUUCACUCAUAAGGUCAAAGUGCAGGGGCCGGUCACAGAAGGUGCAGGAAGCAGCAGCAGUGUUGUUAAGCUUGAGUCCCACCUCCUGCCACACAUCCACCAGUUUCUCUGUGAAUUUGAAUCGUAAUGUUAUAUUUCUCGCUGAAUGAGCUUGCACACACAUUGCUCUGUGUCAUUGUGUUGAUAGUAGGGUGCCAAGAGUGUGUACAGGGUUUUAAUAAAAGUAGACAAAUCAUUCACUGGCCUCACUUAUCCUGAUUAGUCAUUUCCCUGAAACAGCCACUCACCCACAAAAUACUCCAUCAUGGCGGGGUCGUGAUGAGGAGAUGGGGCCAGGCGCAGCAGCUCCUCGCCACGAGGCACUGUAGGGUAGUUGAUGGCCUGGACGUAUAUGUUGUGUCUCUCUAGCAUGGUGUCGCACACCUUGGUGUUCAGCUCAGCAUUGCCCACCUAGAGAAGGCAACAAAAGCAGCAGUGAUGAUCUCAGGAGCAAAACUUUGUGAGUGCACUACGUUAGUUAAAUUAUAAUUUCAACAUAACAGAUUGUGUGCAAUUGCAACCGAUUGUUUAUUCGUCUUGAAGCAGUUUAGGCAAUAUGGAGUGCAACCAGCAGGGGCGCUGUUUUUUCAACCUCAACUAUUUUGUGAAAA